AUGGCCAAGCAAGUGCUGGACCUGUACACGCUCUACCGGCUGGUGACCAGAAACAGCUGGUCCUUUCUCUCCCAGCACCAUCCAUGUCCAUGCAGCCCCUUGUGCUCGUGCCUGGCUCGCACGCCCCUCGUGCUCUCCGGUGCACGCGCGUUCUCUUUCACUUGCACCCUCUCCCUCUCACUGUCUCUGCCCCUCGUGCUGUCUGGUGCACGCGCGUUCUCUUUCACUGGCACCCUCUCCCUCUCACUGUCUCUGUCAGGGACUCCCGUGAACCGGAUCCCCAUCAUGGCCAAGCAAGUGCUGGACCUGUACACGCUCUACCGGCUGGUGACCGAGAAGGGCGGCUUGGUGGAAGUGAUCAACAAGAAGAUCUGGCGGGAAAUCACCAAAGGCCUCAACCUCCCCACCUCCAUCACCAGCGCGGCCUUCACACUCCGCACGCAGUACAUGAAAUACCUGUACCCCUACGAGUGUGAGAAACAAGCCCUCAGCUCCCCGGGCGAGCUCCAGGCCGCCAUCGACAGCAACCGGCGCGAGGGGCGGAGGCAGAGCUUCGGGGCGGCGCUCUUCAGCUACUCCCCCGUGGGCACCCCGGCCCUGCUGGGCUCCCCGAAGAUCCCCGUGCCGGCCCUCACCAUCUCCACGCACAGCUGCAGCCAGAUGAGCCAAGUGCACGCCAUUAAGAAAGAAGACGGCGUCCUCUCCGCGGCGGUGCCCAGCCGGAUCGCCAUCCCCGUCAGCCUGGCAGGGCAUCACCUGGCGGCCUCCCCGGGGGCGCCCGCCCUGCAGCAGAACCUGCUGGCCAUGUCCGCCCAGUUCCCCGUCAACAUCAAGAUCAGCAACCGAGAUGACAGACAGGAGACUGCAUUGAAUCUGUCCACCAGUGGCAUUAGCAGCAUCAACAUGUCAAUAGAAAUAAAUGGAGUUGUCUACACAGAACACAAGAGCCAAUGGCCUGAGCAGGCAGCAAGUUCAAAACAAGCAGGAGGCGUUACCACGCAAUGCAGUCGACCUGCGGAACUCCCUGCCAGGGGAUGGUGUUAUGACAGCAAGUCAGGGCUCCUUCGAUCCUGCAGCCUCGUAGCAGCAAGAACAGACUCUGCCAGCCAGUAGAACAGAGGGAGUUUAUUGCUUCUCCGGGAUACAGCA